AUGCAAGUUGCUGCUGUACCUGAGAAUGUUGGAACUGCUGGAGCUCUCAGGGCUAUUGCACACCACUUAACUGCCAAAGACAUUUUGAUUGUAAGUGGAGACAUUGUUUCUGAUAUUUCUCCUGGUGCUGUUGCCGCAAAUCAUGGAAGGCAUGAUGCAGCAGUAACUGCAAUGCUUUGUGCUGAACCAGUUAGUGGGCCAUCAGAAUCCGGGGGAGCUGGUGGGAAAGAUAAAACCAAAAAACCUGAUUGUUAUGAUAUCAUAGGGAUUGAUUCCUCGAGACAAUUCUUGUUAUACAUAGCCACAGAUAUCCGACUGAAAAAGAGCAUUCUCUGUGCGGCUGGAAAGAUGGUAAUUCGAUCAGAUCUCAUGGAUUCUCAUAUAUAUGCCUUCAAGAGAUCAGUCCUGCAGAAAGUUUUGGAUCAAAAACCUACUUUUCGAUGCCUGAAACGGGAUGUACUCCCAUAUCUUGUUCGUAUGCAGCUGCAUCAGAGAUCAGAUGUCUUCUCUGAUGAAAAAGCUGUAGAUGAAAAUGGAAAUGGGCAUGGAAAGAGUAAUAUGCAGAACAACGAGGCAGUCUUGUCCCAAAUUCUCUCCAACUCAUCUUUGCCAAGCUUUCAUCAAGUUUUUGAAUCAGGCCUGAAUAGCCCAAAACCCACAAAUGCUGUGUUUAUAUAG